UUAUUUUAUACCUAUCUGACAUGAUCAUUAGCAGCCAUUUUGCUUGUAGCGUUUUUUGUAUGCAAAGGAACUUUUCUGAAUAAAAGAGUUGUGAACAAGAACAAAAUAAAUCCGUAGCGUACAAAAAAAACAAUAAAAUACGGCUCUGUCUACCUCGCCUUGACAGAUCCGUCAGAAUUGUGUGUCACCUGUCGAUAUGGGGAAUUUUGGAAUAUUACUAGAUAGUCAGCAGUUAUUAUAGGGUAAUGAAAAAUAAAAUAUGAUUUGCUUGUUUUUUUAUUACAGGUUAUGUGUCUUGGCAAUCCUUGUUAUUUUUUAAUAAUCAUUGUUUUUAUUUUCCACAUUUUAAGUGGUAAUGGGUAAAUUAGAAUUAGUACAAAUCCUCAAAAAAGAUCCAUGUCGUUUAUGGAAUGUAGCUUGGCAUCCAAAGGGUGAUGUCUUAGCAUCUUGUGGUGAGGACAAGGCGAUACGAAUAUGGACCAAAGACUUAACUGGGAAAUGGUGUAAUAAAGUAGUUUUAGCUGAUGGCCAAAAGCGUACAAUACGACAAGUCGCUUGGUCUCCCUGUGGAAACUAUUUGGCCUCUGCUAGCUUUGAUGCCACAGUUUGUAUUUGGGAUAAAAAAGGAGGCGAGUUUGAAUGCAAUGCUACAUUGGAGGGACAUGAAAAUGAAGUUAAGAGUGUUGCAUGGUCGAAAUCAGGGCAUUAUUUAGCAACUUGUAGUAGAGAUAAAUCGGUAUGGAUAUGGGAGGUUGCUGAAGAGGAUGAAUAUGACUGUGCAGCAGUUUUAAAUGCACAUUCACAGGAUGUUAAAAAGGUACUAUUCCAUCCUGAUAAAGAUCUUUUGGCAUCUGCUUCUUAUGACAAUACUAUAAAACUGUUUCGUGAUGACCCAAAUGAUGGUGACUGGAUAUGCUCUAAUACAUUGACAGGACAUGAAUCUACUGUUUGGAGUAUAAGUUUUGAUGCAGAUGGAAAGAGACUAGCUUCUUGUAGUGAUGAUAAGACAGUGAAAAUUUGGAAGGCUUACCCACCAGGUAAUCCAGAGGGCAUUCCUACAGAAAAUAAUGACUCAACAUGGAAAUGUGUAUGUACUUUGUCAGGAUACCAUUCUAGAACCAUCUAUGACAUCAGCUGGUGUCCUUUGACAAAUCUUAUAGCCACAGCUUGCGGGGACGAUGCUAUCAGGAUAUUCAAAGAAGACGAGAGUUGUGACUAUAAUGCGCCCUCUUUUAGCCUGAUUUGCACAUUGGAAAAAGCACAUUCUCAGGACGUGAACUGUGUGUCCUGGAACCCUGUUGUACCUGGACUUUUGGCUUCGUGUAGUGACGAUGGAGAAAUUAAAAUUCAUGCUUUCAAAGAAUGAGCUUGUACUUGUAUAUUCAAAGAAAACUAUUGUUUAUUAGUGCCUAUGUCUAGAAGAAUUGUACUCCUGUUGACAGUAUGUGCAAUUUUUAUCCCCAUCAAAACCUUAUGCCCUUUCUCAUGACUCUUGCUCUAUUGGUGACUAAUGGUUGCGGUAGAAAAUUACGGGAAUAAUAAUAAAUAAAAGAGGCCAGAUAAUCCCCCAUGUUUGUCUGACCACGUCUUUAAAAUUCUUCUUUAUUGUAUACGUUUUGGUCCCAACUGUUGUGACCCCCUUCAGUACAAUUGACACUUUUUGACAAUACAUUUUAUUUAUCUGUCUUCCAGGCGACACUUUGUUUGAUUAUCUUUUCUUAUCAACAUUCCUGUACAUUGUGAUACUACGAUAGGCUGAAAGUUUCUGUAACAUGCUGAGAUUGCGUGAAGCCCAUUUCAAAUUUUACAAUGAAACCCGCUCCCAGAUACGUCAAAACGCCAAACGCCCUCAAAAAAAAACAAAAAAAAAAACGCGGAAAUACACAUCUGUUGUCGUAACACACUGGUUAAUUGUUAUGCAAUCUUCUACCAAAAUGUUGCAAAUGCAUUGUUUAUGGAUAUGAAACAUAAGAAAUAGCACUUCGAUAUCUAAAGCGAACUAUGUCGUUUGUUCUGUGACAAAAUGAAACCACAACAGUUUGGCCUUGUGAUGGCGAAGUAAAACAUCUGCGUGUUUAAAUUUUAAAUGAUGGCUUGAACAAUCUCAGCAUGUUCAGGGCCUUUCAGACUACUCUAGUAACACUCUAUAUAGGAAUGUGAAAAUGCAAAGAAACAACAAACUAAGUGUCCCAUGGAAGACAUAAAUAACCUAAACAUAUACAAUAAAGAUUUUAAAGAGAUGUGGUUUGAUUGACCAGACAAACUUGGGGGAUAAUUUCCCAUGUUUGUCUGGCCAAUAAAAUCUCAUAUAUCUGUAAUUCUUUUUUAAUGUAGUAGACGUUUAGGUCACAAGGGUGACCUUUAGUACAUGACACUUUUGACAGUAUUUUAUGCCUUCCAGGUGACACUUCAUUUAUUUUUUCUUUUGAGCAUAAGCUUCAGAUGUAACAGUAAAUCGAACAGGGUGCUUUUCAAUAUUUGGCAACACCACUAUAUGGGCAGGGAAAUUUACAUUUGUCACUAAAAUUACACAAUGAUAAAAUUACAUGUUCUGGGUCACCCUCAUUUGGGACGAAUUGGGUUGUAGUACUUACUCAAAUAACAAAAGUGCUGAACAGAUACUUUCCGUAGCAUAUUUAUAUGCUAUUAGUGGACAUUUGCUAUUAGUGGACAUUUGACAUAUUUAAGGGAUAAAUUAGAGAUCAGCAACUACAACAAAAAUUUAAUGCAUCAGUUAACUGUAUGUGAUUAACAAUAAUUGUAUAUUAUGCAUACAGAAAUUUAAAUACACUUCUAUUUCCAGGGCAAAGGAAUGUAUGAACCAAUAACAUAUAGAAUAGUAAUAAUAUUACUGAAAUAGGGAUUUAUUGUUUAUUUCAGCUUAAGUAAUUAAAAAUUAAUUAUAUAUACAAUUUCAUCCACAUAAAUUGUACAAAUAUACAUGGCACUGGAGGCAAUAUUUAAAUGCUUUAUUUUAAGCCUGACACUGCACUCUUGAUAACGAAUUAGAUGAAUAUACCCAAAAAUACCUUCAGCCAUACAACACAACUGACUCAUGUGUAAGAUCAUAUAGUCAUAUUUUUCCUUUUUGAAAAAUUUUAAUACAUUCCAAAAAAUAAUCAAAGAUUACCUUUCACUACAACCUUUCUCCAUUCAUCAUUGAGAUAUCAGACUCAGUAUUAAAUCAUUCACUUUACACUUCAGUUGACAAAUACCUUAGCAUUAAAUGACUGCUUAGUUAAAAAUAUAUUUGUUUAUUAGCACCAAAAAUAUAAAUAUUUACGUUACCACGAUAGUCAUGUUCAAUAGCCACAUCACAAAUCUAAUCAACAAUUAUUAUCAGUAUCAGUAUUAAUAUUGAAAAUUAAAUACAAAAAAAAAUAUAAAUCUCCCUGCUGCUAAUAUGUAGUGCAGAAUAGUAUUUAAAAUAAUGUGUUAAAAGCUAAGGUUAUAUUCACAUUUUUUACUACUUUUUAUAUUUUAUAUAUGUAUGAAUUUUUUUCAACUUCCUACCAGAAUAUAGCCAAACUAAUAGUAUAUUUCCGCGUCUAAUAAAUUAUCAGAGAUAAAAUGAGAUAUUGUAGCGUCAUCUAUGAAAAUUUGUCGCAACUACAGUCAUCUCCGCAUCAAUUAGAAAUCUACUUUGAAAAGCUUAGUGUCUCAUAGAUGGCGCUGCAGCCAAAUAUAUGCUAUAUGAGAAUAUAGUGCUGACAUAGCCAGCUAUGAGGCACUGACCUUUUCAACGUAGAUUUCUAAUUAGUGCUGUAACAAAUUCUCAUACCAUUUCAUCUCGGACUAGCCUAUAUAUAAGUUUUACAAGAAACUAUCCUAGAACUGUUCCGCGCAAAUUAUUCUAGUCAUUUCACAUCGCAUUGCGAUUGGCUACUGGCAGCUCAGAACGAUUCUGGAAUCGUACCUUGUAAAAACACAGCAAACGUAUAAUAUGGCUAAUCCACAGCUGACGAAGUCGAAGAUAAAAAGAACAGCUAAAAAUCUGUAUCCCAAUGACGGAUGGUUCCAUCUAUCUUGCUAUUAAUGUUUCUUGAAUCUACCCGUGUAUGACAUUAUAAAAAAUAAAAUGGCACAUCUUCCCUCUUCCUAUUAACAAUUAUCUAUAUAGUUUCAUCAACGUUAUGCUUAAGACACUGCAGGUACCUUGCUAUAAAAAAAUUAAGGACAUUUAUUAAAGCUAAUCUUAACGAGUUACUUUCUGUCUAGCUUGCAGUUUUCCUGGAACAAAUAUCUGUAUGGCGUGGUAUGUUUAGGGUCUUUAAUCGCUCUUAUUUCUUAAAUGAUCUUUUACCUAAAUAAUUGUAUGUACCAUUAAAAUUACAAAUAAAUCUAUAGUAGGAUUAACUGGUAAAAAAUUAUUUAUUAUUUACAAUUUGUACAAGUUCCUUAAAAAAUCGGCUUCUGACGUUUACAAAGCACAUAUCGUGACGAUUUCUAUGAAGUGCAACCAUAAAUUGAUCAAAACUGUCAUUUUCUAUAACAUGGGCUAAUACGAUAAAGGGUUGUAAGAUAUCAAAUGAAAAAGCCUAUUCCAUACAAAGGCGAGGCUUUUACUUUCUGUAAUAGUAAUAGAUCUAGGUAAUACAAAAAAUGUCAUCUUUGAUACUCUGCAAGAACGGUCAUUCACGAGAUAUUCCAGUAGCCAGUAACACUUGUUACUCAAAAAACUGCUACUUGUGUCCCAAUGUGCCAAAAUCUAAUAAAACAUCAUUCACAUUACAAGAAAAUUCGGUUGAACAUUGGUUACGCAAGAACUUGCCAGAAGUUUAUAUACUAAUUUAAGCUGAUGUUUUUUUGGUAUAAGAUUCCAAAGAAAGGACAUGGGUUUCCUAGCUUGCUUCCAUUCAAGUGUAUCUGUUGAGCUAACCAUUAUCUUAUUUAAAUUAUAAUCAUUUCCACUUGAGUAGGAUAUCAACAUCUUUAUAGACCCAGCAAAACAACCACAUCAAACACUGAUGUGAAGCUUAAUCAUACCUUUGUACAUUACUUUUACAUACUAACCAAACAAGUUCCUUAAAAAAUCGGCUUUUGACGUUUACAAAGCACAUAUCGUGACGAUUUCUAUAAAGUGCAACCAUUUUACAGCCUGAAAUAUGAACUAGACAUAAAUACGUGAAAUAUUUGUAGAUAUAGACAACAUAUACAGGCAAAACAUAUGUUUAACGUACAAAAACUAUCAUUGCUAUUGAUAAAAAAUUAAUCCAAACUUCAUUUCGAACUUUGGCAUACACAAUAUGUAGUAUUAAAAUUAUUCAUUCAUCAUAGGGAGGAAACACCAGUUAAAUGUAUGGACAACACCGCGACAGUGUUGCCAUUUUACACUACUUCACAAUCAGUUCUUUUCAACAAUGGAUUUUUGAAAGGCUUGAAUGAUCAUCCACAGUGGACCAGAUCAGUUCAGUCUAUAGCUAGGCAACAUUAUAUUAAUUUGUUUGGUAUGCUGUAUUGAAGAGUCUCUGGUAAAAUACCUUGUUGGGAAUAACUACGAUGAUUGAGCUGAGUGGUAAUGGUGGUACCAUACUUUAUUUAUAACUGACAAUUUACAUAGUAUUUUAUCUUACUGUUUGUAAAUCUGUUCUAUUGGAUUUGUUUUGAACUUCCUUACUAUCUACCAAGUGUAUGUUGGCUAAUGCAGGCCUGUCGAAUAUACGGCCCCCGGGCCACCAGCCGGCCUGCAUAGGCCCUUUAUCAGGUCUGCGAGCCGGUUAAAACUCUAAUCCAAAAUUCAAAUAUACUUCCGGACCCAACCGUAUCAUCUUACAACGAGCCGAAUAUGAUACAAAUGGAUACCCGCCUUAAUAGGAACUGCGCGCGCACAAAAACUUCAAACUGCAAGGGAAAGAUUAACUAUGCACGCAGUUAUAUGAACAUGUUCAAGUUUUCACGAAGAAGCUCUUAUUGUUGGAAAAGCAGCUGGAACGAAAGCAGUUGGUUAAUUGGGAGACCGUAUCUGCAAGAAAUCAAGAGUCAUUGCACUUUACAAAAUACGCGUUGUUGUUGCAAAGGUUGUGAGGAAUGAGUUUAAUGAGAGAUUCGUAGACUUCAAAUCGCAAGUUUACAGCGUGAAAGUGUUACAAAAUCCACUUGAUGUUGAAAUUGAAAACGCAGAACCGAAUCUACAGUUAGGAUUAAUUGAAUUGCUAAGUUGUUCUCAUCUAAAAAUGGCAUACAAUGGUUGUCUUCCAAACGAAUUAAUUUGAUUUUGCAAAAAAUAUAUUUCACCCAACCAAUACUAAAUUAGCUCUUCAAAACAUUUCUUUAAUCGGUAGUACAUAUAUUUUCGAGCAGUUGUUUUCCCGCAAGAAAUAUAACAAAUCAAAAACGAGAUCAUCUUGAUUAGACAGCCAUCUUACAGGUAUUUUGCGCCUAGCAAGUUCUAAAAUACCAGCUAACAUAAAUACACUGUGCAAACAGAACAAAUGUCAGACAUCUCAUUAGUUAGAUUUUAAGAGUACCUACCUAAAUAUAAGUAAAAAAAUGAGUCUUUUUUGAAUUUGAGAACUAUAUUAGAAUGUGUCAUUUUACUUUUCUUUUGGCCCGCUAUGGUUACGAAAAUACUAAACAUGGCCCUCUAUAAAAUUAUGUUGGACAGGCAUGGACUAAUGGGAAUCUCGUCUUCUAUGUCUGAACCAUUUCAACAUUUGGCUUCUGCAAUAAAUAUUACAAAUAAAUAAUUUUGCUUCUGAAUCUAUCAUCGAUUACGUUUACCUGCAUAUGAGGCUAAUUUUGAAAAGUACUAGUAACGAGUAUAAUACACAUAUGUCAUAAACAGGGUGAAGAAACCGUGACAUUUCUGGGGUAGAAAGUAGGUUCAUAAAUAAACGAAAAUUUCAAAUAAACGGAUCCUAAAAUGCAAUCUUAUCGAGAAACAGGAUGUUGAAGUUAUAAUUUCGGAAUCAAAAUCGCAACAAAUAUGUCCAGCGUCGUAGAACUUUGAUUUUUGAUACCUACAGAAGCAAAAAAUAUUUUCUAAGCCACAUACUUUUUUCAGAAACGUUACGAUUUACGUGAAAUGGUUUGAAAAUUUAAGGUGAAAUCAGCAUAAAAAUUUAAAUCCGUUCUAUUUUGAGAAUAUGCUGGAGUUAGUGAUGUUUGACACAAAUUUGUUUGCAGUAUGUUAGGGGAAUAAUCCCAUCUCACCGAUAGCAUUAUUUGAAGAAAUGCACGGUUUGUGCUUACUCGAACUCAUCAGUGGCGUAGAAAUUUACAACACUGAGCAAUCGAGCUCUUUUCUACCGCUACGCCAACGGGAUUUGCUCCACAGAGCUCGCCUCCAUGAUGCCGCCGCAAAAUGUGCCUCCCAGACAGACCCGCCUGACUUCAGUCUCGCAUUCUGUCCAUGUCAGACUUCAUACAUCCAGAACUGGCCGUUACAACCGCUCCUUUGUCCCUAGGGUAUUUGUGUGGCAAUCUGCAUGAGCCUUUUUCCAGUUCUACUAACAUUGGACAGUUCAAAAAUCAGAUUUCUAAGUUUCUUUAAUCUUCUUAUAGCAGCCGCGAUGCCCUAGCAUUUAGGCUUCUGUCUGUGCAGCUGCUUCGGUGUAAAAAAUAGGUCAUAUAGUUAAGCUUUUUAACUUACUUUUAGUCAUACCUUCUACUCCAGAAAUAAUUCUACUUUUAUUUUAAUCACCCUGUAGCCUUUAAAACACCGUUUAAAGAAUAAAAAUAUGGCUGUAUGGUUAUGGACAUCAAAAUCAGGAAACAGUAUUGUAUUUUAUUUUGCUUACAUUUAAUUUUAUUUUCAAUUGUUCUAUACAAAUGUUGACUGAAGAUUGGGAAAUUAAUGCAUAUUUUUCUGAAACAAAUUUUCCUUUUUGCACCAAUUUUGUUAUGUUCAAUCUGGCUGCUCUGAAUAUAGUGUAAGAUAACUUUCAAACAGCAGAUGUUGAUCUGUGUCAGUCAGAUUUCAAUAGUGUAAGAACACACAACACAGUUUGCAAGUUCGGACUCUGUUUAUAAUACAAAAAAUAAUCCUCAAAAAAUAUUGUCUUUCUUUUUAUUGAACAAUAAAUUCAGGUAUAAGGUAUCGUAAUAGAAUAACAAAAAAAUGUAACUUUAAAAAUAAAGAAUUCUGUAAUGGAUGUACAAAGUAUUUGCAAUUCUGGUUUGAAUUUUAUUAAUAUUAUGAUUACCAAUGAUAAUGGAAAAGGCGAUAACAUUCUUUGUUCUUAUAAAGGCGGGAAGAUGUUGUACAGGUUCAUGGCCCAUUACUAUUGUAGAAAAAUAUCUAAAUUACUUGGAAAAUGUGAAUUAUCUUAUCAGAGUUCACAAUUAAACUGUACAUAUACUUUCGUCACUGUACUAUUGUUAUUGCCUCAAGUUUUGUAGGAUUUGCAGAAUACAUAUUCAAUUAAUUGAUUUCAAACAAUGUUUUAGUGCU